AAGCAAACACGAAGCAUGGUUACACCGGAAGCCGACACACAAUUCGCUCCGGACAGGAACAACAACGAUCUGCGUUCGGGUUCCGUCUGUGAAGCGCGCGCACAUGCGCAGUAGCCAUCUACGCCUGCAGCCCAGAAGAGCUCAGUUGUCAUGCGCGUUCCUUUGCUUUCUUUUCUUUCAUGUUAUAUAAUGGACUUUUUGACCCCUCCAUGCGAUCGCUUGGCCUGCUAUACGACGCAACUGCCCAGGUCCUAUGAAUGCUGCAACAAGGAGGGAAAGGUCAACAUCACAGGUGUGAAGUAUGACCUGGACACCAAAGUAUUUGGGCAGCACCUAGCCGAACAGGUCAUCCUGAAGGUGAUGGAGGAUGAAAAUCGUCUCAAACCGCUCGUCCUCUCCUUUCAUGGACUGACCGGCAGUGGCAAGACUUUCAUUACUCAGAUCCUAGCCAAACAUUUUAAUCCAAUGGGCAAAAAGAGUAGAUUUGUUCGUAAGAUUGUGACAACUGCUAGUUUUCCACAUGUAGGAAAAGUCGAAGAAUACAAGGAUCAGCUGCACGCAUGGAUCAGAGGGAACGUAUCACGAUGUGAACGCUCUUUGUUUAUAUUUGAUGACAGUGACAAAAUGCAUCCAGAACUCUUACACUCCCUAAAGCCUUAUCUAGAUAAUCAUGACCACAUUGAUGGGGUGUCUUACAAGAAGAGCAUUUUCAUCUUUAUUAGUAAUACUGGAGCAAAUGUUAUCUCAGAUUUCGCUUUAGAGUUCCGAAAAGAAGGAAAGAAACGGGAGGAGAUCCAACUUUUUGAAUUGCAAAGUAGAUUAUCCUCUUAUUUGCAGAAAUCAUUACACAGUGAAUAUCACAACUCAGACCUGAUUAACAAUAAUGUUAUUGACGUCUUUGUGCCGUUUCUGCCUCUGGAAUUGGAGCAUGUGAAGAUGUGCGUGAGGGCGGAGCUGCAGCGGCUGGAAAAGACAGAAGAUAAAGCGUUUGUCGAUAGGAUUGCCGGAAGCAUGGAUUACUACCCCAGGGAGGAGAAGGUUUUUUCUCAAAAUGGCUGCAAAAAUGUGGCUGCACGAAUUAAAUUAUUAUGAGCCGAUGUCAGGCCCAAGGCCUGAUUAUGGAAUCCUAUACAGUGAUCCCUCAACUUACAACGGCCUCAACAUACAAUAGUUUCAACAUACAAUGUUUUCUUCUGGACCAUUGUAACUUGAAACCAGACUCAACAUACACAGACAGUCCAGAUCUGUGAAACGUGUCACAACUGGAGGAAUUGACCAAUCAGAAUUGGCAUUUUACUGGUAAAUCACCUGUAUUACUGAAGUGUAUGCACUGACUGGUGUCUGGUAGCGCCCCCUACAGUACAGGGAGGAACUACAAGUUCUGUACUACUCUUUACCUGUGCACAAGUUAGCUUCUCUUUUGGACACCAAGUAAGGGCGGCUCCAUUUGGGACACUGUGUGUACUGUAUAGGACCCUGAAGAAGCUCCUGUCCUCUACAUAAACCUUUGUUUUCCAACCAGGGUGCCUCCAGUUGUUGCAAAAC